AUGGUUUUGGCGAAUAUCACCUCCUCGAUGGCUUGGUUUUUAGAAGAUGUUUCUUUGCUACGGACAGCGCUGCGCAUCAUGGCGCAUGCAAUUCCAUUGCCGUCCAGCAGUGCGUGUGGCGACGAAGGGGGAGCAGCAGGAGAGCAGCCACGGGGUUCAAAUCAGCCAGGCACAUCGGCGGGACCGGCAGCAGUCGCAGCAGCGGGCUCGUCACCGUCUCAGCCGCUUGCUGUUCCUGGGACGGUUACAUCCCGCGCCCUCGUUCCCCUAGCUGGCAUCCUAGGUGCAGCCCUAGCAAGUGACUACGCUCCAACCACCAAAGCCGCGUCCAUGUUUUGCCUCGAGACACCUCCCCUCAUCUUUCUCAUCUUUCUUACGUUGCCGCAUUCCAUGAGACGCUUCCGUUGGGUAACCCUGCAGAUGGCUAGUGGUGUGGCUUGCGCUGCAGGCGCGUUGGCGUGUUGGGAGAAUUAUAUGUCUUUCGAGUGGGAUCUCGCAAUUUUGAGGUCACUUAUGGUAUUGGGUUUCGUGAGUGUGCCUCUGUUGACGGUAACCUUGGCAGUCACAUGGGAAAUGGGGAUCUCCAGCUGGAGAGCCUGGUUGCACGGACGGCAACAGCCGCCACCAACUGCUGACUCCAGCGCUACUGCCGAUCCGGCUGCUGCGACGGUUACGGGCGCUGCUUCUUCUCCUAACGCCACGGCGAUUCAGGCAGAGCGUGAUGGUGAUGACCCCGCUGAACACGAGAGGGGCAGCCGCCGCCUCCGAUCCCGGUCAUGCUCGCCGACGCUGUUGCCAUCGCCGCGGCCAGUGACGACUCAGCCUGUCAAUGCAGCUGCGCCGCCGCCGCUGGUGCCUUCACCGGCAGCGACAGCAGGUCUCAAUCUGUACGACAAUAACGGCAUGCCAACGGCCACCAACCAACCUUCUCCUCAGUUCUCAGCCGCCGCCUCCGGCGACAACUGCCACUGUCAUCUGGGCAGCAGCGACCCUGGCUGCCCUGAUAGCAGCAGCACCACUACCAACAACGCUCCCGCCGUACUCUACCCAGCCCGCCGCCGGGCCCGUGUCAAGCGACGCUCGGCAGCUGUCGUAAAAGACCAAGAUGCUUCCGCAACUGGGCCCGUCGCAUCAUUCAGCGAAGGUCGGUGGGGCGAGUUUGAGGAGAUCUUUCCAGGAGGCGGAGUAAGGCUGGUGUUGAGGGACCCGCCAGCAGGGAUGGCAGUGAUGCUCCCAGCAAAGCGAACAGCGCCUAUGGAACCUCCGAUGGAGUUUACCUUCAACGGCCAGGUUUUUGUGCGUGAAGAUGAGGCAACGUUGGCGGAAGCGGUCCAGGCAUCAAGAGCGUACGCUGCACCAGUUUCUGUUAACGCCGGGGCCGUGCCAGCCAUGACGACAUCUGGUGUCACCGCAGCUCCGGACCAUGGCGGCGCUUCGCAUGUCGGCGCAUGUUGUCCCGCGGCACCAAUCACCGCAGCGACCCACGGGUCAGCUGACCCAGUCGCUUCGCAACGGGCUGGGAUAGCUGCUAGCCACGUUCAUCAAGCAGGAUCUUUUCCGCCCGACCGUACACCAGAGUCCUUUGCUGAAUUAGUAGAUGCCCUUUCGCCCCUCUCCGUCUCUAUUACACCGGCCUCAGCUGUUCUGUCGGGGCUUGGCGGAGCCCCAACUGCACCCACCGCUGCUUCACAGUCCCCGUCCUUCUUCGGCCCAGCCAAUUCCACUCCUGCUCCUCCCGUCAUGGCCCCCGCCGCUCCAACUGACAUCCCAGCAGCCGUAGCAAGCUCCCACGUCACCCAGCCACAAGAUCCGAGCGCCGACGCCGUCCCAGCCGCAGCCCCCGUGCAGCUCCCCGCCUCUGGACUUCCCGCCGGUCAAGGAGAAGGUCGCGUGCUGCGUCGUCGCAGGAAGGGCGCCGCACCCGCCCCGCCGCUCGCCGCCCAGCCCCAGUCCGCUGCCGAGGUCGCCGCCGCGGAGGCUCGCGCCAACGCCAUUGCCGCUGAGCUGCUGGCGGAGGAGGAACGUGAGCGGGCCCUCCGGGAGCAGGCAAGAAGCAGGAAAGGGGCGGGAAAGAGGAAGCAACAGGCGGCGGCAGCAGCUCGCGGUGCAGCGGGUGGGAAUGCAGCAGGCCGGGAGGCUGAGAAGGAGCAGGAGCAGGUUGCAAGCGAGGAGGAUGAGGAGGGCUUGCAGAUGGGUCCUCGUAGCGGGGCGAACCGCUUUACGGCUGUAGCAGCGGUGGCAGCAGGUACGGCGGCUAAGGGAAGCGCGCAGCGCCGGCAGCAGCAGCAGCAACGAGCAGCGGAAGGAACGGCAGUUGCUGCUGCUGCGUCAGCGGCGGUUGGAGACGAGCCGGAUGGCUGGUGCACGGUGUCGGUUGGGGCUGGCAAGAAGCGCGCGGGCGGCGGAGGCUCGAACCGCGCUGGCGUGUCUUCAGCAUGCGGAGCGGGG